AGAAAAUGAGCUCCUCCCCAUAUUGCCAGGUCCAGAAGUGAGGGUGGGAGGAACAGCUUAACCGACUCGACUUGGGGCUUAAAAGUGCUCAGUCCUCCCCACCGAGAAAGUGACCGUGCCUGCCCGCAGGCCUGCCCCGCGCAGCUGGGCUUGGAAGCGUCUGCUUUUGCCUCUUCUGCCGCAGACGUGGAAGCUACCCGGGAAGCGCCCAUUAGCCAAUGUGUGUGUGCGGCUUUCCUGAAGCCCAGGUUCUACAUGACAGCAGCCUACCUACAUAAUAAAAGAAAUUUCAAGCCAGACAUUGGAAGAAAUGUCAGAAGAUUCAGAAAAGGAAGACUAUUCAGACAGAACGAUCAGUGAUGAUGAAUCAGAUGAGGAUAACUUCAUGAAAUUCGUAAGCGAAGAUAUCCACCAGUGUGCACUUUUAACAGCUGACUCUAUUAGUGACCCAUUUUUCCCCCGAACUACUCAGAUACUGUUGGAAUAUCAACUAGGGAGAUGGGUGCCACGUCUUCGUGAACCACGAGAUUUAUAUGGUGUCUCUUCUUCUGGUCCGCUGAGCCCAACACGAUGGCCGUACCACUGUGAGGUCAUUGAUGAAAAGGUCCAGCAUAUCGAUUGGACUCCUCCUUUUCCUGAGCCAGUGUACACCCCAACAGGCCUAGAGAUGGAACCCCUUUAUCCAAACUCCAAGGAAAACACUGUAGUUUAUCUAGCUGAAGAUGCUUACAAGGAGCCCUGUUUUGUGUACUCCCGAGUAGGGGGUAACCGAACACCCCUGAAGCAGCCUGCGGACGACUAUAAUGAUACUUUGACGUUUGAAGCAAGGUUUGAGAGUGGAAAUCUGCAGAAGGUAGUCAAAGUGGCAGAAUAUGAGUACCAGUUGACCCUGCGCCCUGACCUCUUCACAAAUAAACACACCCAGUGGUACUAUUUCCAAGUCACUAAUACCCAACCAGGAAUAGUCUACAGAUUCACUAUCAUUAAUUUCACUAAGCCUGCUAGUCUUUACAAUCGGGGUAUGCGCCCACUGUUUUACUCUGAAAAAGAAGCUAAGACUCAUAAUAUUGGCUGGCAGAGAAUAGGAGACCAAAUCAAGUAUUACAGGAACAACCAAGGACAAGAGGGGCGCCAUUAUUUCUCUCUCACAUGGACAUUUCAAUUCCCACACAACAAAGACACCUGCUACUUUGCUCACUGCUAUCCAUAUACUUACACCAACCUGCAAGAAUACCUUUCUGCUAUCAAUCACGACUCCGUACGGUCCAAGUUUUGUAAAAUACGUGUCUUGUGCCACACAAUGGCUAGGAACAUGGUGUAUGUAUUAACGAUCACCACUCCCUUGAAGAACACUGACUCAAGAAAGCGAAAGGCUGUGAUUUUGACUGCAAGGGUCCAUCCAGGAGAAACCAACAGCUCUUGGAUCAUGAAAGGCUUCCUAGAUUAUAUUUUAGGAGACUCGAGCGAUGCGCAGUUGCUUCGGGACACUUUCAUCUUCAAGGUGGUACCCAUGCUGAAUCCAGAUGGUGUGAUUGUGGGAAAUUAUCGUUGUUCCUUAGCUGGACGAGAUUUAAACCGUAACUAUACAUCUCUCCUGAAGGAAUCCUUUCCUUCUGUGUGGCAUACCCGGAACAUGAUACAUAGAUUGAUGGAGAAACGAGAGGUUAUUUUAUAUUGUGACCUUCAUGGCCAUAGUAGAAAAGAGAACAUCUUCAUGUAUGGCUGUGAUGGUAGUGACAGGUGUAAGGCAUUAUACUUACAGCAACGGAUCUUUCCACUUAUGCUGAGCAAAAAUUGUCCAGAUAAAUUUUCAUUCUCAGCUUGCAAAUUUAAUGUUCAGAAGAGCAAAGAGGGCACAGGAAGGGUAGUAAUGUGGAAAAUGGGAAUCAGGAACAGCUUUACCAUGGAGGCUACUUUUUGUGGAUCUACCCUGGGUAAUAAACGGGGCACUCAUUUCAACACAAAAGACUUGGAGUCAAUGGGAUAUCAUUUUUGUGAUUCUCUCUUGGACUAUUGUGAUCCAGACCGAACCAAGUAUUAUCAGUGCCUGAAAGAAUUAGAAGAAAUGGAAAAACAUAUAAAUUUGGAAAAAAUCCUUGAGGAUUCAGAUACUUCUCUGAAAGAAAUGACACUGGAUCUAGACUCUAGUAGCCGAGGCUCUGACAGUUCAGAAUCCAAUGAGUCUCAGACUUAUCUUCUCAAGUUGACUUCUCAGAUAAAAAACAAGAAAAAACACCUGAAAACAAAGAAGGAAAGAAAUUCUACCAUAACAAGUCAUCAGAACACCAGAGAAGAGCAAGAGGCAUGUGAUAAAGGACGUUUAGUGCAAAGACACAGAGAAUCAGAUUCUGAAGUGAAAGAUACAAAGCCAAAUGUAUCAGAUGAUUGUAUAUUUGAUUAUUUCAGAAGAGCAUUCCCUAAUCAAAGUUUGGUGAAAAUACCGGGACGAGCUCCUGCUUGGUUUCUAAAAAGAUAUUUGAGCUCCCAAAAUAGGAUUCAGAGGCUCAGCAAAGACCAACAAAGACAGUUGUUAGAAACUGGUGAGAAGACAAUCCACGAAAUAAUUCAGCCCAAGAGCACUAAUUUGUAUGGAAACUGUUUCAAAGUAAAAUCCUUCAAGUGUCCUAUGAGCACGCAAACUCCCAGCUGGGCUGAGAAGACAAGGAUACCAGCAGAAGAUCUGCGUCGCAACUUUAAAAGCAAAAUGAAAGAAUGUACUUCUUUCCAGAGCAAGAAGACUGGCAUAAAUUGGACAGAUGAUGAAAAGAGAAUCUACAGGGAUAAAAGAAUAGCUCAAACUCAAGAAAUUCUGCAGUAUUUGCUCCCUAUCAUGGAAAGCACUAAAAAUGUACAAACCCCUCAGAAGAAACAAAUACUCAACCCAAGAACCAGCUUCCAAAUUCAGCAUCAACUAAAGCCAGCAACUUACAUAAAUGUAAAGAGAUACAGCACAUCUUGGACACCACCCAGAAAUCACCCUCUUAUAAGCCAAAGGAAUCUGACGGUCAGCUCUCUAGAGUGGCUCCAGUCUGUGUCCCAGAGAUCACUUGAAAACCUGUCACCUCUCAAAGUGCCCAAGAAGAAGAAAAAACACUCUCGAAUCAAGGCCACAAAGACUAAAGACGUAAAACCUGUCAGCAGCAAAUGGGAGACUUAUCCCUCAAGUCUCGAAAAGGACGCGGAUAUUAGCAAAGAAAAGAGUCUUCAAGCUGAAGAAUGCAACGAGCAAAACUCUAUGAAAAUAGCUCCACAUCCAACUAAAAAUAAGGAUGAGCAACCAAGCAAGAAGUAUGGACAACCUGCCUUCUAUUUGAAGCUCCAAAGAGACAAAUAAUUCAGCUUUAUGCUACUCUGAAAACCUUGGAUGAAAAUACCGUAUGCUUACUUAGUAAAAAGAAAAGGAAAAGAAAGAAAAAAGCCCUCCCCACCCUCAUUCUCUCUCUCCCCCCCUUACAGAUACAUAUGCAUAUCCCAACUACAAGGUUCAGAUAACCCAUCUUCAUUAGUGGCAACAUCUU